AUCGAAUGAUGGCUUCCGCUAAGUCGCGUUUGGAAGUUUUGAGGGGACAUUUUCAGCCAGAACUUCGUUGUUACUGUUCUAAACUAAACGAAAAUCACGGUAAUGAUACAACAACAUCUCGGGACCAAAGGGGUCUAAUUUGCAAAACUUGUGCGAGUGAAUCUUCUUCAAAAACACAAGUUCCAGAUGAAGCUCCGAUUGUACCAAAAAGAAGGCAUGAGCUUAUGAAGUGGAAUGGAUGGGGCUAUAAGGAUUCCAAAUUCUCAGUCAAUAAGAAUAACCAAGUCACUUUCACAGGAGAGAGGUACCAAUUAAGUGGAACAGUUAUGCCUGCAUUGAACGAUUGGAUGGCAGAGAACAUAGGAAUCAGUUUAGACCAUAAGACCCCUGCUCAGCCUGAAUUGACAGCAGCCAAUAUUCCUAGCCCUAUUAGAAAUGAAAGCUUUCUUGAAGACAUGAAACGUUCUGGUAUAUCCCACUCAGAUGACUGCCAUGACAGACUUUUUAGAGCACACGGUCACACUAUGCAUGAAAUAUUCACAUUAAGAGAGGGCUGUUUUGAGAGAAUACCAGAUCUAGUUGUGUGGCCAGGAAAACACAAUGAUGUUAUUCAACUAAUUGAGUUAGCUAGCAAGCACAAUGUAGUAAUCAUUCCAUUUGGAGGGGGAACCAGUGUGUCUCAAGCCCUUGAGUGCCCAACUGGAGAGCGGCGGAUGAUUGUCUCUUUGGAUACAUCUCAAAUGAACAAAAUUUUAUGGAUUGACGAGCGGAAUCUUGUAGCUCACUGUGAGGCUGGUAUUAUUGGACAAGAUCUGGAAAGAAGACUAGCUGAGAAAGGUUUCUGUACAGGCCAUGAGCCAGACAGCAUGGAGUUUAGUUCCCUUGGUGGCUGGGUGGCCACUCGUGCGUCAGGCAUGAAGAAAAACAUAUAUGGCAACAUUGAGGACCUUGUUGUACAUGUCAAGAUGGUUACACCCAAGGGGGUCGUAGAGAAAGGCUGUCAGGUUCCCAGGAUGUCAUGUGGGCCUGAUAUACAUCACUUUAUUAUGGGCUCAGAGGGAACGCUAGGGGUCAUCACAGAAGUGACAUUGAAGAUUCGACCCGUCCCAGACUGCAAGAAAUAUGGCUCAAUAGUAUUCCCCAACUUCGAACAUGGGGUAGCAUGCCUUAGAGAGAUUGCUAGACAAAGAUGUGCACCUGCAUCUAUCAGGCUGAUGGAUAAUGAACAGUUUCAGUUUGGUCAUGCCUUAAAGCCAGAAGUGAAGAGUAUGCUAACAGCAUUUGUUGAUGGCUUGAAGAAAAUAUACAUCACAAAAAUCAAAGGCUUUGAUGUCAAGAAUAUGGCAGUCGCUACACUCUUGUUUGAAGGAACAGCCCAGGAAGUUGCAGCUCAAGAGAAGAGAGUUUAUGAAGUGGCUUCAAAGUUCGGAGGUAUACCAGGAGGGGAAGACAAUGGCCAGAGAGGAUACAUGAUGACUUUUGUUAUUGCAUAUAUUAGGGAUUUAGGCUUUGACUACUACAUAGUGGCAGAAUCAUUUGAAACAUCAGUACCCUGGGACAGGGUGCUUGAUCUAUGCAGGAAUGUCAAAGAUAGACUUGGGCGUGCAGUUAAGGAAAAGGGUAUCCAAUUUCCAGCAUAUACAACUUGUCGUGUGACACAGACAUACGACGCAGGAGCAUGUGUCUACUUCUACUUUGCCUACAACUACAGGGGCAUCCCCAACCCAGUACAACUAUAUGAAGAGAUGGAGAAUGCAGCACGUGAUGAGAUCCUGGCAAGUGGAGGCAGCAUAUCCCAUCACCAUGGAGUUGGUAAAAUCCGAAAACGCUAUCUGAAGGAAUCAGUAUCAGAGCUUGGGGUUGGAAUGAUGAAGGCGGUCAAGGAAUAUGUGGAUCCUCAAAAUAUAUUUGGAAAUGGCAACCUUAUGUUAGACUGAUAAUUGUAACAUAUGAAACGAUUAACAUGGAGCAGUAUUCUGGUUUAGAUGUUUUAGCCAUAAAAAUGAGUGAUUUGGGAGACAUUCUUUUAUUUUGUCAUAUUGCAAUACCAUUUUUGUAUUCAAUGAUUUACAAAUUAAUCUUAUCAAGAAUAUAAUGUAAAGUAACAAUGUGUAAAUCUACAAAACCCAUUUGUAUAUUUUGUAGAAUUGAAUUUAUUUUUUCUUAAAUCAUGGAUUUCCGAAUAAAAAUAUUGUGAU